AUAGCAUUACAUUCUUGUAGGCGACAGCAGAACUUGAGGACAGACCUUUUCGCAGAGUGAUUCUACAGACAAACUAAUAGUGUUAGGCUUAGAGAAUGUGUAAAGGGUUUGCAGUCUUACAGCAAACAUGUCUUGAGAGGGCUAAACAUAUCAAGGUGAAGUUUGGUACCCUGCUCCAGAGGCCUGACCAUGAACACACUGAGAACGUCAUCCCCUUUCAGAAGAAACCUGAGAACGUAAUCCCUCUUCCACAGAAACCUGAGAGAUGUCUGGAGACGCCUCCGAAGUAUGACAGACCAUCAAGAGCGGAAGCAUCGCAGUGGGGGAAGGCCCUGGACAAUGUACUGACCAACAACUAUGGCCUGGCUACUUUCAGGGGCUUCCUGAGGUCAGAGUUCAGCGAGGAGAACAUUGAGUUCUGGCUAGCCUGUGAGGACUACAAGAGGACCAGAGAAACAAGCAAAAUGGCAGCCAAGGCUAAGAGGAUUUAUAAGGAGUUUAUACAGACCGGGGCCCAUUGGGAGGUGAACAUUGACCACAUCACCAAGGACGUAACAGUAAGGAACUUGGGCCGACUGACUCCUAUGACCUUUGACCUAGCCCAGAGACAGGUCUUUGCCCUCAUGGAAAAAGAUUCAUACAGGAGGUUCCUCAAAUCCAACCAAUACCAGGAGAUUAUAAAGUAGAAAUUCAAACACUGGCUAGAGUCGUGUCAUCAGACUGAUUGGUUGGUUGAUUGAUUGAUUGAUUGAUUGAUUGACUUGAUUUAUCAAUCAUGUCAUCAGACUGAUUGGAGGGUUCGUUGGGUAAAUGACUGAUUUAUUGAUUGGUCUGUUAGUCAUUUUUUGGAAUCUGAUAUUUAAAUCACACACUAGCACCUAUUUACCUGAACCAUUAUUCAACUGAUACAGUAUCUAAAGGAAAUAAAUAUUACACGCAAAACACAUUUUUUUUAAGUCUUCAUUUUAGCACUGCAAUGUAUAAAUGAAUACUUCAGAAAUAUGACGAAGAGUGUGUGUGUGGUUUGAGGAAGGAUGAGGAGACAAUGCAGUGACAAGACAAGUUAACCACUAUUCACAUGACUAACUAUGCACACCACCAACAGAUGGUAUAGUGAGUACAUCAGAGCUUUACCUGACAUGCAUGACACACCUCUGAAAAUAGAAAGUGUUUUCAUUCAUUCAAUUCAUUCAAUCUGCAAUAAAAAAAAAACAUGUCAAGCUA